CCACAUAUUCCGGUGGGAGGCCGACGCCGUCCAUGGCUGUGGAAGUCAUCCAGUUCCUGGUGCGGAAGUUUGUGGAUAGCCUCGCGGAGGAGGCGGCGGUGGCGGAGCUCCCUUUCAUCGCCCAGUUCAACGACAUGCGGGCCGAGCUGGAGAAGGCGGCGAUUUCUCCCGAUAACGCAGAUGAGCUCCGGGAGUGCCUCUACGAACUCAACGACUUGCUCGUUGAGUGCCGCAUGCUCACCAACCGCCCGAACCGACGGCGGCGGUUCUUCGCGCAGCCCGACGCAUGGCGGUUCUCCAAGACCAGCAAGAGGGUGGCCGCGGUCAGGCGCAGGGUCCUCCAGUGCGUGGGGAACAACUCCGGUGGCGACGCUGCGGCGUCGCAGGAGGACGGCGCCGCCGCCGUGGGGUUGGACCGCUGGACGACGGCUUGGCUCGACCGCAGCAGGAUCCACGGAUUCGACCAGCAGCUCACGGAGCUCGAGUCCAUGGCGUUCAGGGACUGCGGCGCGGGGAGGCUUGCCGGCGUCGGCAUCGUCGGCAUGGGCGGCAUCGGGAAGACCGCGCUCGCGCAGCUCCUGUUCAGCAGCCCGGGCGCUAGAGGGCGCUUCUUCCCCAGGAUCUGGACGUGCAUGUCGCACACCGCCUGCGCUGGAGCAGACAGGCGCAGGGAAGUUUUGCAGGGCAUCCUCAUGGCUCUUGGACACGAGGAGGAUGCCAUCCUGUCCAUGGAUGGCGGCGAUAGCCUGGUGGAGCUGGUGAUCGCCGUCCACGAGCAGCUCAAGGGGAAGAGGUAUCUCAUCGUGUUCGACGACGUGUGGCACGUCGACGACUGGUACGCCGACGUCGUUGCCGCUGGCGGCCAGAACGCGCCGCGGAGAGCUGACGACUGGUCGGAACGCCUCACGUUCGGGCUUCCCAAAGAGAGAGGCGGCCUGGUGGUCGUCACCAGCCGGCUGAAGCAGGCUGCCGAGACGAUGGUGGGGGAGAGCUGCCUGCACCAUGUGCAGCCAUUGUGCGACAGCGAGAGCUGCUGGGCAAUUUUCAUGGACGCCCUCUCCCAGGCGAAAGGGACGGUCGAUCUCGCCACCGUUGACAGCAUGAAACAGGAGAUCCUUGAGACCUGCGGCGGGCUCCCAGCAGCGGCCAAGACAAUGGGAGACAUUUUUGCAAGAAGCAGCAUCCCCUCGCCAGCAUCAACAUCUACCAGCCAGGAAAUUAGUAAGAGUGGCCACAUCAUCACUGGUAACAGUGGAAGUCUGAAAUAGGCAACACAUCUGUAUAGUGUAGAUCCAAUGGUACUUUGUCUGGUACUAGUGACUUGAAGAGUUCCUUCAGGAUGAAACAAUGUUCAUAGCUGUUCUUGCAGUAAACAUUGGAGAAAAAGGGGAGUGUAUGUGCACAGUAAGAACUGCUCAAAUUUGUCAAUAUGCUCCGCCAAUGUGCUUACAUACUGAAAUAUUACUGGGAUUAUUGCUUGGUCCA